CCGGCGCUACCAGGCAAAUCCCCAUCUCCGUCAUUUCUACUGCUAAAUCUCUCCUCCUCUCUCUCUUCCUCUCGCUUCAUCCCCAUCACUUAACCUUUGCGACUUUCCCCCGAAAGAUAAAAACUACAGCCGACGUUAAUCUUGCUCAUCACCUUUACUACGCCCUCUUUUCCUCUUCUUCUAUAGCUUUUUUUAUCGUCUCGCCGCACCCUUUUGGGCACCAAAUCACGCCGACCAAGAACCCUGCACACGCUGAGCUAUCCUGGUCCGAGUUUGGAGCAUCCUAGCAUACCCCUCUUCCCAAGCUUCACCCAGCUUGCUCUGCGUCCGCCUGCCACUGUUCAAUCGAGAACUGCAUCAGGCGAAUUGAGUCCUGGCCGCCAACAAAUUAUAACCCUCAGAGUCUUAUCCUUGACGGUUUCGUGGCUCGCCCUACCCCUCCUCGCUUGAGCUCUUUUCAAGCUGCAAAUAAAACACAUCGAUAAAAUGUCCGGUUCCUUCUCGAGCCCGUUCGGGGCAAAUGCCAACCCUUUUGGCACUGAUCGAUCGCAACCCGAUGCUCAAAACACCAUGGGCAGCCUCGUUGAAGAGGAAGAGCAUGAUACAAUUGGCUCUCCCAGAACAGGAAGCUUCCCUGCUGGUGCAUUUACCACUACUCCGGGAUUCGGCGCUGUCUUUGGCGGCGACGCUUCUGUUGACGGACCUCCCACCGUUCGCGCACCUCCAAACCCCGACAGUUAUCCAGCCCAGUACAACUUCAACCGCCGAACUUCGGUUUCGGCCGAAUCUCUAAAGCCUAGUGCCGACACAUACGAUAAUUGGUCCCCUCCUGUACACGAAAAGUCGGUCGAGCAGCUUAACCGCCUUAAGCACGCCAUUGAAGGCAACUUCCUGUUCAGUCAUCUGGAUGAUGAUCAGAGCGCUCAAGUCGUCGGCGCUCUAGUCGAGAAGCCCAUUCCUGCCAAGGGUAUCAAGGUUAUCAGCCAAGGCGACGCUGGAGACUACUUUUACGUGGUCGAAAAGGGUACCUUUGAAGUUUAUGUCAACCCCACUGGUCAAAUCCAGCCUGGCCCGGACGGCAUGGGUACAAAGGUUAGCACAAUUGAGGCCGGCGGUUCCUUUGGUGAGCUUGCUCUCAUGUACAAUGCCCCUCGUGCUGCUACCGUUGUUUCCGCUGAAGGCGGAUGCACAUUAUGGGCACUCGACCGUCUCACCUUCCGCCGCAUUCUGAUGGAAUCGACCUUUGCGCGCAGACGCCUGUAUGAGAGCUUCCUGGAGGAGGUGCCAAUCUUGUCCACCAUCACCGCAUACGAAAGAUCCAAGAUUGCCGAUGCACUCGAGACACAAAAGUUCCCCGCCGGCGAGCUUAUCAUCAAGGAGGGAGACCCUGGCUACUCUUUCUACCUCCUUGAGAGUGGCGAGGCUGACGCUUACAUUGGCGAGCCUGGCAACAAGGUCAAGCACUACACUAAGGGCGAUUACUUUGGCGAGCUGGCACUGCUCAACGAUGAGCCGCGCGCUGCUAGCGUUGUGGCCGGCACAGACGUCAAGGUAGCAACGCUAGGCAAGAAUGCCUUCCAACGCCUCCUGGGCCCUGUCGAAGGCAUCAUGCGACGCACAAAGUACGAGGCUGUCAAGUCUGGCGUGGAGGAGAUGGAUCCGCUUCAUUCUAAUUGAAGCAAGAGGAGACGCUUAGCGUAGCGAGCAACACAUACGCGAAGCGAUUGAACAAGGGAAGCAGUGGGUUCGUUUGGGAGGCAGGCGUUAUUUUUUGCUGUUUUGAUUCUAGUAUACUUUUGCCGGCCAGUCCGGGCUAGACUACACAAAUCCCCCACACACACAGUUGCGCGCAAACAGUUUUUGUUUGUCAAGAGUCCUGAAAAUAUGACUACAAUGCAGAUACCUUAUUCAUAAAACAAAACGGU